AUGUCUCACGAAGAGGAUCUCAUCGACUACUCCGACGAGGAGCUCCAGACCACUGACGCUGCGGCCACCACCGCUGCUCCCGCCUCCAAUGGAGAGGCCAAGAAGGGCGACUUGACGGUUUCUGGCGGCCGUCCGGACAAGAAGGGAAGCUAUGUCGGUAUCCACUCGACUGGUUUCCGCGACUUUUUGCUCAAAGAGGAACUCCUACGUGCCAUCACCGAUUGCGGUUUCGAACAUCCAUCGGAGGUCCAGCAAGUUUGCAUUCCCACCGCCAUCCUAAACGUCGAUGUUCUUUGCCAGGCAAAGUCCGGUCUCGGAAAGACCGCGGUCUUCGUUUUGACCACGCUGCACCAGCUAGAGCCGGUCCCCGGAGAGGCCUCUAUCCUGGUCAUGUGCCACACGCGUGAAUUGGCAUACCAGAUCAAGAACGAGUAUGCUCGUUUCAGCAAGUACCUGCCCGACGUGAAGACUGCUGUCUUCUACGGUGGUACCCCUAUCCAGAAGGACGUGGAGUUGCUGUCCAACAAGGAGUCCUACCCCAACAUCGUUGUUGGUACUCCCGGUCGUCUGAAUGCCUUGGUCCGCGAGAAGAAGCUCUCGCUGCGCAAUGUCAAGGCUUUCGUCCUGGACGAAUGUGACAAGAUGCUGGAUCAGAUUGAUAUGCGUCGUGAUGUCCAGGAGAUCUUCCGCGCCACCCCCGCCGAUAAGCAGGUCAUGAUGUUCAGUGCCACGCUUUCCCAGGAGAUUCGCCCCGUUUGCAAGAAGUUUAUGAGAAACCCGCUCGAGGUUUACGUUGAUGACGACACCAAGCUCACUCUGCACGGUCUGCAGCAGUACUACAUCAAGCUCAGCGAAGCGGAGAAGAACCGCAAGCUGAACGAGCUUCUGGAUAGCCUCGAGUUCAACCAGGUUAUCAUCUUUGUCAAGAGUACUCUCCGUGCCAAUGAGCUCGACAAGCUGCUGCGCGAGUGCAAUUUCCCUAGUAUCGCGGUCCACUCUGGCGUGAGCCAGGAGGAGCGUAUCAAACGCUACAAGGAGUUCAAGGAGUUCAACAAGCGUAUCUGUGUCGCAACUGACGUGUUCGGACGUGGUAUCGAUAUUGAGCGUAUCAACCUUGCUAUCAACUACGAUCUGCCUGCGGAUGCCGACUCCUACCUGCACCGUGUCGGUCGUGCGGGUCGUUUCGGUACUAAGGGUCUGUCGAUCUCAUUCGUCAGCACCGAUGAAGACGAGAAGGUUCUCAAGGAAAUUGAGAAGCGGUUCGAGGUUGCCCUUCCUGAAUACCCCGAGGGCGGCGUCGACUCUAGCACUUACAUGGCCUAGACGGAUAGCUGGGUUGUGCUCGGUGGAACAAGUAUGUAACUGGGAAUAUGAGUUGAAUUUUAUCACUGGCUUUCGUCUUCGUUUUCCGCGUUUCCUUUGGCGUGAUGGUUCGGUUGCUAUUUGACUCGUCGCUUUUGGGGGCACUGGUUGGCAAGCGCUGGGAAGGGAUCGGGACAUCUGGGAAAAAGCGUACUGAAUGAUAAGGUUAAUACUAGAUGCCUGGGAUGUCUCUUGGGCCAGUGCCUCUUAGCAUGACAGCUGUAUUAUCAAGUGUUGAGUAUUUGAAUUAGGAUAGCUUGUUACGACAUCACCUAUCUACCGCUACACCGAAAGUCUUGG